CGAAAAGCAGAAAAUGUGAAGCCCAUUAGGCAACACCAGACGAUGUUUUCCAAAAAGGCCGCUGGGCCAGCGCAGCAGCCAUUUUGAGACUAUCUAUAAAGCGUUUGACGAAGAUUUUGACGCUUCUUGGUGUUGAAGACUUUGAAGCUCCGAGCUGCCGGUCGCCGACUACUGUGCCCGUGGAUAUGGAUCGGCUCUCAAAUGCAUUUUCUUUGCUGGAACUGGAUGCAACGGAUGAUAGGGAACACACGACCUCUUUUGCUGCUGAAGGCGAGUAUGAGAAAGAGAGGUUUACACUGGCAUUGAUUUCUGCCCAAGGGAAGAAGAAAGAUGACAGCUCAGGGGAUACAACCACUGUUAAUAAUGAUAAAAAUGGUCCACAAAGCUCAGAAGUGCCUUCUGGAGAGUGCAAGUUGCCACUUGUGUGGAUUGACCUGGAAAUGACUGGUUUGAACAUUGAAAUUGACAGAAUCUUGGAGAUUGCUUGUGUAAUCACAGACGGUAGUUUGACCAAAUCAAUUGAGGGUCCUCAUUUGAUCAUUCAUCAAGAGAAGGACUGCCUGGAUAGAAUGGGAGAAUGGUGUCAACAACAUCAUGCAGCCAGUGGUUUGACUGACAAGGUGCUAAUCAGUACCAUCACCGAAUGCGAAGCUGAAAAGCAGGUUGUUGAAUUUGUCAAAAAAAAUGUGGGCACAUAUACGCCUCUUCUUGCAGGAAAUUCAGUUUAUAUGGACUUUUUGUUUUUGAAGAAAUAUAUGCCCGAAUUGGCUAGUCUUUUCUCUCAUGUACUUGUAGACGUCAGCAGCAUCAAGGCACUAUGUCUCCGUUGGUAUCCAAGAGAUAACAAGAAGGCUCCUCAAAAAGAAAACAAGCACAGAGCUAUGGAUGACAUCAAAGAAAGUAUAGCAGAACUUAAGUACUACAAGGAAAACAUAUUCAAGGCAUCCAAGUCUAGGAAGUGAUGAGGGCAAGAUAGCAGCUUGUGGCUCCAGUGGUUUCUUUUUGAAUACAAGCAAUUGCAGCGGUGUUACAUGUCACGACUCUUGGCGUGGUCUGAAUGUAAAGUGGAUGGUGUGUUAGUUCAUGCAGAAUAGUAAACACGAUUUCAUUUGAAUGUAAAGUGGAUGGUGGAUUAGUUCAUGCUGUGUACCUUUGGUAAUCGAUGCAUGGUGUGUGUGGUUAAUCAAGAUAAAUAUUGAUUUUCUUAGCAAGAUAAAUAUAUGGAUGAAAAUUUUGUGCGUGUAAAAA